AUGGCGCGGUUAGCUCGCGACGUCAACGCCUGCGUGGCGCGUCGCUUUGCCGUCGUCUCUGCCUCCUCGCCGUGUCGCCACCUGGUGUUUGCCUCCACAACUCACCAGAACCCGUCCUCCCCGCCAAAAUCGCCUCCCCGCUGCCCCACGCCCUGGUCGGAGACAAACCAUCAUUCGUCGCGCGAGUCACCUUAUGAGCUUUCGCGAAUCCUCCUCUUCCUGCCACGCUUCUGCUCAACGCGUCAACAAGUAGUACGCUGUCGACCUCUUUUCCCCCGUCCGCCGCCCUCGUUUCCCACGCCCGUCGUUCUCGCUUCCCCCGCCCAUCGCCCUCGCUUCCCCCGCACGUCGCCCGCACUUACUUUCCCCUCCCCUGUCGCCCUCGCUUUCCCCGCCCGUCGCCCGCGCUUACCUCGCCCGUCACCCGCGUUUAACCCUGCUCACCGCCCUCGCUUCCCCUGCCCGUCGCCCUCGCUUCCCCCGCCCGUCGCCCUCGUUCCCCCGCCCGUCGCCCUCGUUCCCCCGCUCGUCGCCAUCUUGGAUUCCAGUCCGCAGCCAUCGCUUCCCAUUCCCAUCGCUCGCCCCGUCGACCUGUCCACGCUCCCAUUCCCGCCGCUGCCUCCCCCUGCUUCUCCUCGUCUUCGCUCUCGAUUCCUUCCCCCGUCGCCCACGCGCAUUCCCCUCCCCUCCCUGGGGCCUUUGUUUCCCCCUGCUUUCUCCGUCCCCCCCUGCUUUCUCCGUCCCCCCCUGCUCACUCCGUUUCCCCUUGCUCAGUUUGCUUCCCCCUGCUUUCUCCCUUCCCCCCUGCUCACUCUGUUUCCCCUGACUCAGUUUGUUUCCCCCUGCUUUCUCCCUUCCCCCAUGCUUUCUCCCUUCCCCCCUGCUUUCUCCCUUCCCCCCUGCUCACUCUGUUUCCCCUUGCUCAGUUUGUUUCCCCCUGCUUUCUCCGUCCCCCCCUGCUCAGUCCGUUUCCCCUUGCUCAGUCCCUUCCCCCCUGCUUUCUCCCUUCCCCCCUGCUCACUCUGUUUCCCCUUGCUCAGAUUUUUUCCCCCUGCUUUCUCCCUUCCCCUCUCCUCACUAUGUCGCACCUCCCCUUCCCCCGAGGUCACAUCUCCCCUUAACCCCAAGCUGCAUCUCCCUUUUCCCCCAUCUCUCCCCCUACCUCCCCAUCUUCCUCCCACUGUCUCCAUCUCUCCCCCCUGCCUCCCAAAAUCUCUCCCUUGCCUCUCCUUGUCUUCCCAUCUCUCUCCUUCUGUCCUCUUCUCUCCCCCUGUCCUCUUCCCCCUGUCCUCCACUCUCUCCCCCCUGCCCUCCCUUCUCCCCCCUGUCCUCCGCUCCCCCCUCUGCCCUUCUCUCUUUCCCUCAUGUCCCACCGUCCUUUUGAUUAUUUCCCCUCCCCAACCCCUCGUUCCCUUCCCUUCUUCCCUCCUGUUUCGGGUUUCCCUGUCCAGUCCUUCCAACCAACCAACCCUCUCGUUGUGA